AGAAAAUGACCUAACAAAGCGCAGUUGUAAUUUCUGUGCCGACAUCGGUAUUCAUUCUGUGAAAGACAACCUGUUACGCUACUUGGGUACUCUGGCGUGAGAUCGUAGACGCAAUUGCUGUAAGGAUAAUGAACACCAAUUACCCUCCACCUGCCUAUGUGGCCCAGCCCAGUGGCCAACAGCAACUGGUGAUGACUCAGCCGGCUCCAUCAGUGGUAGUAAACCAGUCUCGAGAAGGAAGCUGGAAGACCAUAACAAGCACUGGAAUAACUCAGGUCGUUCUGGGCUCCUUGACCAUCAUUUUUGGAAUUGUCAACCAAACGGCUUUGAAGAACUAUUACCGAAACGACAUCGGAUCUCCCAUUUGGUGUGGUCUCCUGUUUUACGUUGUGGCUGGAAUCUUGGGCAUAGUGUCUGGAAAGAAGAGGAGCCGGGGUGUGGCUAUCGCUUACAUGGUCAUGUCCAUCUUGGCUUCUCUGUCUGCGAUUUGUGUCAUCGGCUUCAGCGCCGCUGGACUGACAUUUGUCAAUGGAUAUUAUUGCCGUUAUCACUACUUUUAUACGGACGUAUGUGACUUGAAGAAAGCUUUCAUUGGUGUGUAUGCCACGCUCAUACUUCUCGCUGUGGUGGAAUUUGUUAUUUCCAUCAUUGGGGCCAGCAUGACCUGCAGUCCGCUCUGCGCUACUACUCCAGUGACGCACACUGUGAUUCAGUAUCAAGUCCCACAACAGAUGAUGGUCGCUGGCCAACCCCAGGGUACAGUUGUCUACAAUACUGGCCAGCCAAUUGGCGCCUACCAGGUGCAGCAGGGGCAGUAUCCUCAGGCGCCACCAACCGAUCAGCAUCAGUACCAGGAACUCGCCAAAUAAGGUCAAGCACGUACGACCCUUGACACACUUUCAAAGAAGGAAUUGUUGACACAUAUGUACCAUUACGAUUUUUCGCCUGCUUCCAUUAUUACAUAGUUAUUGUGAAUAAAGGCAAUAGAGGGUCAUUAUAUGUCCUAGCUUGUGUCUUAAACAGACAAUCAAAUAUAAGAGUGUACCAAAGGAGAUAAGGUACCCUGUAUAGUUAAUCAAGAGAUGCGUAUACUGUAUAUCCACCGCAAUUCGUAAGCACCGUAAUUCGUAAGUGGCUUGGAUUCUGGUUAUCUUAGCUUCGGAACUCCUUCUGGUUUGCGUGUAAUAGCAAAGCCUAAACAUUUUACAAUUUGGUGAAAUCCAUGUAGGCCAUCAGUAGUCCAGCGUUGUUUUACCUGGACACCAGAGUCGUUCAGUUAACACCAACUAAAUACCACAGUUGCUCUUAUGGUGCAGGCUUAAAAAUGCAUUUUGAGUUUAACAGCAUUACUUUCUUGACUUUAAUAUGCAUAUGUGUGGGUGCAGGCUCAGUUUAAUAACAUUGAAAUUCCUAUUUGUAGGUUACAGAACUGUGUAGAGACAUCAUGUGCGGUUCAGACAAGAUGGUUCAUUCUGUAACUUUGCAGUCCAAUUUUUCCCUGCCCAUCUUGCAUCUGCCUUUGUUUUGUAAGUUUAAAACACAUUCUAAAAUUUCCAAGACGGAUUCAUUUAUUCAAAUUAGCUGCCAAACGAAUAAAAAUACUUUGACGUCAAUUUCAAUCUCUCGUGAAUUCACAUGGGUCAGGUGUAAUAGCGACAGGAAAAUGUCACACAUCAGACAUCACAUGUACAGAAGACACAGAACGACUUGGACUUCAAGAUUACAUAUUUGGCAUCGCGGUAUACAAGGGCAGAUUAUUGAAGGUUCUAUAUUGUUUUGUGGUUUUAAUUGUUUUGUGAUUACUAAUGUUAAGAGAGGUAAAGCAAAUCGUGCAAAUUCAUGAGCACAUGUUUCGUAACAAAAACCUGGUAUCAGUGAGGUUGCAUGAUGGCACUUUUUCUUGAAAGAAUGUUGAUUAACUCUUAAUUGCAAUGCGUUUAUUCUUCCACUUUGGAUGCUAUUUAAAACUCAAUUCCUAUACUUGAAGCGCAAAAUCACAUUGUGAUAAAAACAUCUUAAGUGAAAAUAACGUCAGAGAAGUUAUGAACACGUUAUGUCGUUGUUUUAAGUGUCAUUACAUUGUACAGAAAACGGACGGUAUAACAAAACAAUAAUUAUCCAAGAAUAUAUGGCGAAAUACAAAGACUAAACAAAAUACGAUUUACUCCAGAUGGUUUGUUUUUUCAAAAUAUACUCAGACAUCAAUAUGUGAAAAGGUAGGAGAUGCAAUGUUUAUCGUCUCAGAUAGUACAGUUGUAGUUUAAUAUUUAGACAUAUCAUUUGGCUUUCGUUUAAAUCAAAAUAGGAAAGGACCUUGUUGCUACUAUUUUUAUACAUUCCUUAAAUUUCAUUUUCAUAACUCAGACUUUUCCUGUGUUGCUUUCAUAAUGCCAACUCGCAUUAAGUGUGGAAUUUGCUAAAAGUAUUCUUUAUCUGAUUUCAAUUAAGACAGCGAGACAUGGUAAAUUUGAUUAUUGCAAUAUCAUCAUGUGAGCCGUAGGUAAAGAACGUCUUUCUGACAGAAAUCAUUUUCUCGGGAAAGUUUUCCUGGACGUUGACAUUACAGUGUACUCUGUAAACCCUCAGUGUACUGGAAAUAAACUUCGCAUGUUCCACAAAUAGAUUAAUCAAAUAAAAACAAAUGUCUAUACGGCAGAACAGGCCUA